GUCGUAAUUGUCCCUCGGUAGUAUCCGUAGAAAGUCCUCUUGUUUGCCGUAGUGACAUCAUGGGUGAACGUUUUUGAAUCGUAAACUCAUGUCAUGUGUGUGAAAAUUGGGAAAGAUUAGUUAAUAUUUUUACAGUCUGGAGUGAUAUACGCCUGAAAAUAGCCAUGAACGUCCAGCCUUCAAAUCCCAAUAACCCGAUAGUGUUUUUCGACGUCACCAUUGGAGGGCAAGAAGUUGGCAGAAUGAAGAUAGAGCUUUUUGCUGACAUUGUUCCAAAGACUGCCGAAAAUUUUCGGCAGUUCUGCACUGGUGAAUUCAAGAAGGAUGGAGUUCCCGUGGGCUAUAAAGGCUGCACAUUUCACAGGGUGAUAAAGGACUUCAUGAUUCAGGGUGGCGAUUUUGUCAAUGGUGACGGCACUGGCAUCUGCAGUAUCUACAGGGGACCAUUUGCAGAUGAGAACUUCAGAAUGAAACACUCUGGCCCAGGACUCCUGUCACUGGCCAACAGUGGACCAGGAACAAAUGGCUGUCAGUUUUUUAUUACCUGCACAAAGUGUGACUGGUUGGAUGGGAAGCAUGUAGUAUUUGGAAAAGUGGUGGAUGGUUUGCUCGUCAUGAGGAAAAUUGAGAAUGUACCAACAGGACCCAACAACAAGCCCAAGCUGCCCAUUGUCAUUGCCCAGUGUGGAGAAAUGUGAUAUAUUUUGUAUUGUUACACAUCAACAAAGACACAUGACCUCUGCUUAAUAGACAAGCCAUUUUGGAUGACUUACCAUUCAUGAUGUCCAUUUGCAUAUCACAUCCUUUUGAAAUUUUUGUUGUCAUUUUGUGGGAUUAAUUGAUUAUUUGCGGAAAAUGAUUGGUUCAACAAGGUUGUUUUAUUUUGUACAAUGUUAAUUACAACAGAAGUGAAGGUUUGAAGUCGCCAUCAUGAUUAGCUCAUGUCACUUGCAAAUGUCCAUAAAAGACAAACUUGACAUUCAAGAUAGAAACAAACAUGUAUUCUUUAUACAUUCUGAAGAACAAGGCUCUUUAUUGUUGAUCAGCCUUUUAAAAGGGCCUUGUUGAGGUUUUUUUAUCGUUCAAUAAAUUUUGACCCAUGUUUUUUAAAGCUUGGAACAUUCUUUUUAAUUUCAAAUUCAGAGAGAAUCGAAAUCAGGACAUUUCCUGAAUCUUAAGAUCCUUUUCGAGUUUAUGAUACUAAACUCUUUAAAGGGCACGCCACUCAAUGCAAAUUCCUUAUGAGUGUACUCCCUUUGUCUUUUUAUUGUUACUUACUCUAACCCACAUCCUAACCCAGAAACCCCUUCCCCCAUCUCUUGGACCAUGUCCCAUUUAGACAAAAGGGCUCUUUCAGCUGAAGUGCAGGAAGAGUUUGGGCUCGGUGGGAGGCUUCUAGGGUCAAUGUUAAAGCCUGUCUUUGUGUGGGACAACAGGGCCGAGCCAUUAACAAUAAAAUCACACUUCAACCAGGUCUCCUCAACAGUGCAAAAAACAUAUUUACAUGACAAAGGGGAAGGGGGUAGUUUGGGUCUGUCUCACAACUAGCUAGGGUCUGGUCGUUGAGUGCUCCCUUUAUAAUGCUGUGGGAGAAGUCAAUGAUGGGAUUUAUCUUUAUCUAAAAAAAUCACAUCAUCCUUACAUUGAAACCAUUCCCUAUUCCUGUACAGAAUCUCUCACUGAUGAAUAAAGCCUGCUUUAUUUUUGUUGUUUA